CCUUCUCUCAGACGCCAGCACGCCUAUAACGUCGUGUCGUUAAUGUUCCGCUGGUGAGCCCGACCUCGCGAGUCGGCUCUUGAGGUGUAGCUUUGAACGUCUCUUGGACGUCGGAGCGAUAGGAGCGAUUGCGGAUUAUGUUUGCGGAUCCGGAGCCCUCGAGUGGGCUUCGCGCUUGAUGUAUUGGUACUUCCAAUGCCGGGUGUUGGGCCGAAUGUCUUCCGGUAUUCACCAAUUCGACAGCUCGCCAUAUUCUCUUCCUCAGCACUCACCCUAUCUCCCGCCAUUUCACAUCUUCUGCCAAGUCAUCUCCCUCCAUUGUGCCCUCAUCUCGUCCUUGAAGUGAUCCAAGAAGCUGGGUCCCGUCCUCCCGUGGCCGUUCUCGGGCUCCAGCGGUGGCAGUCUGUUGAUGCGGCGAUGGGCUUUGGCGAUGAAGCGGUUGAAGCGCGGGGAGCGGACGAGUGCGGCGACGGCAUAGGCUUCGAGGAGGGCGAGGAAGGGUCCAAUCAUGUCGGUGUGUUCACAGCGCGACGUAAGAGGAGUGAUGGAGGUGGAUUGAGGGGUUCGAGGCGUCGGAAACCAGUUGUUGGAGGGGGGAGUGGAGUAGUGAUGGCGCCAGGGUGAUGAAUCAUCCGAUGGAGGGCAACGGGAGUGGCGGAGA